AUGCUUUCUUCUCCUUUUUCUUUUACCUGCCCCCAUUCUUUCUUUCUUUCUUUCUUUCUUUCUUUCUUUUCUAGUGCCUCUCUUUCCCUUGUUUUUUCCUGCCAUAUGCUUUUCUUCUCCCUUUUCUUUGGCCUGACCCAUUCUUUCUUUCUUUCUUUUCUUUUCUUUCUUUCUUUCUUUUCUAGAGUGCCUCUCUUUCCCUUGUUUUCCUGCACAUAUGCUUUUCUUCUCCCUUUCUUUGGCCUGACCCAUUCAUUCUUUCUUCUUUCUUUCUUUCUUUCUUUCUUUCUUUCUUUAACAAGUGCCUCUCUUUCCCUUGUUUUUCCUGCAUAUGCUUUCUUCUCCCUUUCUUUUGGCCUGACCCAUUCAUUCUUUCUUCUUUCUUUCUUUCUUUCUUUCUUUCUUUCACAAGUGCCUCUCUUUCUCUUGUUUUUCCCGCACCAUAUGCUUUCUUCUCCUUUUCAUUUGCCAGUCCCAUUCUUUCUUUCUUUCUUUCUUUCACAUGUGCCUCUCUUUCUCUUAUUCUUCCCGCACCAUAUGCUUUCUUCUCCUUUUCUUUUGCCAGUCCCAUUCUUUCUUUCUUUCUUUCUUUCUUUCUUUCUUUCAUAUGCCUCUCUUUCUCUUAUUCUUCCCACCAUAUAUUUUUCUUCUCUUUUUCUUUUGCCAGUCCCAUUCUUUUCUUUCUUUCUUUUCUUUCUUUCACAUUCCCAUUCUUUCUUUCUUUCUUUCUUUCUUUCACAAGUGCCUCUCUUUCUCUUAUUCUUCCCGCACCAUAUGCUUUCUUCUCCUUUUCUUUUGCCUGCCCCAUUCUUUCUUUCUUUCUUUCUUUCUUUCACAAGUGCCUCUCUUUCCCUUGUUUUUCCCGCACCAUAUGCUUUCUUCUCCUUUUCUUUUGCCAGCCCCAUUUUUUCUUUCUUUCUUUCUUUCUUUCUUUCUUUCUUUUUCAAGUGCCUCUCUUUCCUUGUUUUUUCCUGCACCAUAUGCUUUCUUCUCCUUUUCUUUUACCUGCCCAGUUUUUUCUUUCUUUCUUUCUUUCUUUCUUUCUUUCUUUCUUUCUUUUCUAGUGCCUCUCUUUCCCUUGUUUUCCUGCACCACUUUUUUCUUCUCCCUUUCUUUGGCUUGGCCCAUUCUUUCUUUCUUUUCUUUCUUUCUUUCUUUCUUUCUUUCUUUCUUUCUUUCACAUGUGCCUCUUUCCCUUGUUUUUCCUGCACCAUAUGCUUUCUUCUCCUUUUCUUUUGCCUGCCCCAUUCUUUCUUUCUUUCUUUCUUUCUUUCUUUCUUUCUUUCUUUCUUUUCUUUUCUUUCUAAGUGCCUCUCUUUCCUUGUUUUCCUGCACCAUAUGCUUUCUUCUCCCUUUUCUUUGGCUUGCCCAUUCUUUCUUUCUUUCUUUCUUUCUUUCUUUCUUUCUUUUCUUUCCUGA